AACAGGCCGCAAACGUCGCGUAUCCCUCCUGCGAACGCGAUAGUUUCCUUUCUAUUUCCCUACCUUUCUUCUUCUUCUUCAUUUUGUGCAACAAAUUCACCGGAAUCCACCCACCAAGAGGAGGAACUUGACACAUCCGGAGACCAUCGAGAAAGAUUUUCGAUAGUCAUAACAACUACACUUACGACAUGAAGAGCUCGUUAACAUCGUUGUAUGUGUUGUCCUUCAUCUGCAACUGGGCUCUAGUUUUCUCCUCCAUAUUAACCCCCAUGAAGGCUGAUGGAAGUUUGAGGAUUUUCAAGGAUGGGCCCAAUGACUUCGAAUACGUGCUGAAGAGGCAUGACGUCGAUAGAAGCUCGGAAGAUUCUGAUUCAAAAGAACGACGAAGCAGCGUGGGGUCCUCUUUCAUUAGAUACGGUCGCAGCGAUCUGGACGGGAAUAUAGAGAGAGUUUCCAACAGCGAUGGCGAUGGUAGCUCGAAGGUGAACAGGUAUCCUCGUUGGAAGUCACCAGAUAUCAUCAUUAGGUUUGGCCGAUCGGGCUUCAAGAGCCUAAACGACGACACACAUUACAGACACGGAAGAAAUAACUUGAAUUUUCUCAGAUACGGCCGGAACGUGCAGGUUUAUCCUCUAGAAAUCGACAUGACUGCGAUGUGCUCCGAUCUACUAUCAAAUGACGAGAUCAACGAUCUUCAUCUGUACGAGGCGAGGUUGCUUCGUCUGUGCAACAUUUUGAACAACAGCGAUAUAGAACAUAGAAACAGUCCGGACUUCUUAGAAGACCGGCUCGGUUCGAAACACAAUUAAAUAUGCUCUUGUAAUCGAUCCAUCGCGCCUAUUCAUCGGAAUUCGUGCCAAGACCCGCCGUCAACAGCUCACUUUCGGGACACUGCACCGCAAUCGAUCCCGAAAUUCCGAUGGACAACGUUGUUAUCGGCCGAUUCAUACUCAGUUAAGACUUGACGAAGACCUGUUACACCUUUCUUCGAGCUUUUAGCCUUGCAAAUGAUUUUAUGGAGGUUGAUGCUUUCGUCUUGGUCUUUCAGGUAAAAUUGCACUUAAUAGUAUCAGACAACUACUGUCGACUAUUAGUCAAAAAUGAUGUCGCGAGGAUCACGAAUUGAUCUUUCAAAGGUACGAAAAUCGUAGGUGAAAAACAUGAUAUAAUUCACUUUUUCUAGCUUUAACAGAGGAGCAAUUCGUAAAUUCAAUACAUCGUCAACGAAUUCUAUUCAUAUUAUUUGUUUGUUAGAAAACAAUUUGUAGAUAUUCAUUAUGUACUUUCCAAAAUCUUAUAUUUUCAAGUCUGUACGAUUAUUCUCUUCUUUAACUGUUUCAUAUUAAAACAUUUUUCUUCAGACAUCAAGUGACACAAUGGUCAGAAACAAAAAUGGAUUUAUCAUAUUUUUCUCAUGUGAUUGCCAAAUCUGAGCCAGAUUGAAUGGAAUCGAAAUUUUUCAAUUUUUCUCAUGGAUCGAUUUUAGAAUUUUUGCUGCGCUAUUUGCUUUUCACGGAGAUAUUUCAGUGAGUUCCUUGAAUUUCGUAAAGAUUCGAGAAGAUUUGUGGAUCGUUGUGCGAUCAUAUGUAAAUAAUGCUGUUUGAUAUUAUUUUUGUUAACGCAUUAUUACGUUUUUUAAUGACUAUAGUAUGGUCCCUUUUGCAUAAUUUAUUAAUUAAUAAUAGUGAACUGACGAAUGACAAGUUGUGACCUAUAAAUUUUUUCUUUAUAAAUGUACAAUUUUACAUUAAAUAGAUUAAUCGAAUGAUUUAUAUAUUAUUUGUUAUAUAUAUAUAUAUGUUUUUUUAUAUAAAUUCAUUUGUAAAAUUCCAUUUUCUUUGCUAUCAAACUUGGCCCAAUUAUGUAAGAAAGUCAAUUGCUAAUCUGUAUUAACAAGCUGUAACUUGUAAAUUGUAAAAUUUUAUUAAUAAUAUUAUAGUUUAAUUGCGCACAAGAGAGUUCAGAUAGAUGAAUUAUCAAUAAUUCUAAGAAAAGAAGAAUUGUUUGUAUUUAUUUGAAUCAAUAAUAUUCAAUUAUCAAUGAUACGAAACAUGAUACAUGGAAACAGUGAUUAUUACACCUGUUUUAAGCAACAAUUUUAUAAUUCAUUUUUAAUGAAUAAAUUUUAAGAGCCGUUUAAAGAGAUAAGCGUAACAAUAAAUGGAAAAUAAACAGUUAUAUGAAUCACUAUAGUAGAAACUUGGUGUAUCAAUUUGCGAUAGUCUAUAACGAUCUACCUCACUAAUUACUUUUCACAAAUUAAUUUCUAUUUUAUCAGUAGUAAAAAAAUACUUUGCUACGAUUUCAAAAUUUUAUGUCGUCGCUAAUUAGUCUAAUUAUUGAUUUAUGCCUUUGUAGAUAAUUUUAAAACCGUAAAUGAUUUCUGUUCAUAAAGAUUUAUUUGUUCGAUUAACAAGAAGGCCGACGAAUAACGUUGUACCAUAACGUUCCUUCUGGGUACUUCAAUGUACAUCCACCUGCGUAUUCAGUGUAAAUAAAGAAAAUUUCAUUGGCUUCGUAUACGUGAAUCGAGAGUCCACGAGAUUAGUCCAAACAGAAAAGAGAUGAAAUAAAACUUGAACGUUUCUGCGUUGCAACAAUCGUCUUCAUUGUCUAUAACAAAACUAAAUCGUCAUUCCAUUGUUAGAUUGUCGAGUACAUGAAAAAAUUUUGGCUAUGUCCUAACAACCUAGCAACAGAGAUAAUGAUUAAUUUUAAAAUAAUAUAUUAGUUUCUUGCACAGAGUAUAGUGCAAUAAAGCGAAUUUUUUAAAUAUAGUUAAACUUAAUUUUCUAAAAUUAUUUUAAAUUGAUCAAAAUCAUUAUUUAUAAAUUUUCGAAAAACCAAUCGAGUUUACUUAUUGCUAGCAAAUUUUUCCUUUAUUUCUUCAACAUAAAUACAUAAAAAAACGCAUUAUCUAUGGGAUGACCUAAUAAUAUUUACAAAUUAAUUUCGUAUUUGAGAUGAAAUGAAAAGUUGCCAAAUCGAAAUAGAGAAUUCUUAUCUUGUGAAACUAGAUAUAAUUGUGUCGUGACUGUAAUAAUUUUCCUUUUUCUUUUUUUAUUAGGAGGAUAUAUUUUGUUAUCUCUUUUUAAAGUUUUAUGGACCUAGUUAUUAUUUUCUGGAGUAUUCCACAAUUUGAAUAGGAGCUAGUAUUAUGUUACUGUACAUUGUCUGUAACCUAAACGUUAUUCUUAAAGUGAAUGUAAAUUUAAUACACGCGUAUAAUUAAAUAAUUAAAGGGACAAAAAAAAGUGACUGGAAAUGUGA